ACUGCCCCCUCCCCCAAUUCUUCAGCCCCUUUCCUGCUGGUCUCCGAGGACCCCGUCCUAUUCCGACCUAUCUCGGCCCGCAGCCUCUGCGAAGCCGUCGGUGCCACUCCCUGCCCAUGUGGGCCCCUGCGGGCUACCCACGCCUGUACCCCAGCUCCCCGUUCCUCUGGGCUUUCCCCUCGCUGAGGGUGGCUUUCUGAGCCUUCCGCUCCGUGCCCUUCUCUGCGGCCUCUCCUGCCACUCGGGGCCCCCGUUCCCCCUCCCGGCAGCGGGGGGCUGCCCCGGGGGGCUGGCGGAGCUGGGCCGCGGGGGCCCCAGGGCCGGCGGUGCCGGGGUCAUCGGGAUGAUGCGGACGCAGUGUCUGCUGGGGCUGCGCACGUUCGUGGCCUUCGCCGCCAAGCUGUGGAGCUUCUUCAUUUACCUUUUGCGGAGGCAGAUCCGCACGGUAAUUCAGUACCAAACUGUUCGAUAUGAUAUCCUUCCCUUAUCUCCUGUGUCCCGGAAUCGGCUAGGCCAGGUGAAAAGGAAGAUCCUGGUGCUGGAUCUGGAUGAGACACUUAUUCACUCCCAUCACGAUGGGGUCCUGAGGCCCACCGUCCGGCCUGGAACACCUCCUGAUUUCAUCCUCAAGGUGGUAAUAGACAAACAUCCUGUCCGGUUUUUUGUACAUAAGAGGCCCCAUGUGGAUUUCUUCUUAGAAGUGGUGAGCCAGUGGUACGAGCUGGUAGUGUUCACAGCAAGCAUGGAGAUUUAUGGCUCUGCUGUGGCAGAUAAACUGGACAAUAGCAGAAGCAUUCUCAAGAGGAGAUACUAUAGACAGCACUGCACUUUGGAAUUGGGCAGCUACAUCAAGGACCUCUCUGUGGUCCACAGUGACCUCUCCAGCAUUGUGAUCCUGGAUAACUCCCCAGGGGCUUACAGGAGCCAUCCAGACAAUGCCAUCCCCAUCAAAUCCUGGUUCAGUGACCCCAGCGACACCGCCCUUCUCAACCUGCUUCCAAUGCUGGAUGCCCUCAGGUUCACCGCUGAUGUUCGUUCUGUGCUGAGCCGAAACCUUCACCAACAUAGGCUCUGGUGACAGCUGCUACCCCUCCACCUGAGUUGGGGUGGGGGGGAAAGGGAGGGUGAGCCCUCAGGAUGCCGUCUGAUGCCCUGUCCAAUGGUGAGGACUGCCUGGGCAGGGUCUGCCCCUCCCUACCCUCUCUGCCCUGGGAGCCCUGCACUCUGUAUGGAGUCUGGAUGGACACAUGGGCCAGACUCUGAAGCAGCCUCACUCUAACUUCGUGUUCAAACUCCUUGGAAACCCCAGACUGAGACAUAAGCGGAGGCCUAAGAGAGCCGAAACAGUGUCUGUUGGUGGAGAGACAGGACUGGCCAGAGUGAGAGACAUUCGGUAAUCCAGGAGGCUCAGAGAGCAGCCAAGCCAGCUUUGUUGUGAUUUGAUUUUUUAAAAACUCUUGUAUAAAACUGAUCUAAUUCUUCACUCCAAGGGCUGGGCUGUGGGUGGGAAAUUGGGAUUUGGGCCACUGAAUUUUCCCUAAACUUGUCCUCCCCUUACUUUUCCCUCUGUUUUCCCUUUUUCCUAGAUUUCCUCAGACCUGUAACCAGCUUUCUUUUUUUUUUUUCUUUUCUUCUCUUUUAAACCAUGCAUUAUAACUUUGAAACCAAA